AUGGCCAAGGCUUCGCCGAGCGAGAAGCAGCAGGAGGAGCGGCUGAUCCAGGAGCUGCGUGACUUUCAGCGCUCCAAUCCGUCCAACAAGCGAUGCUUCGACUGCAAUGAGAUGAUGCCCCAGUACGUCUGCCUGGACUUCAACACCCGCGAGUUCGCGCACCGCGUCAAGUCCAUUUCCAUGUCCAAGUUCACCGAGAGCGAGGUAAAAAACAUGAUCAACCUCGGCGGCAACGAGGCAGCGCAGAAAUAUUGGCGAAGCAAGCACGACCCGAGUUUCCGUCCGAACGGAGGCACUGAUGGCGAGCGCACACGGAACUUUAUUCGUUUGACAUACAUCGAUCGCAAGUGGGUGUUUGAGUCUCCGCGUCACUCCAAGGAUGAAGAACGGGAACGAACGUCGUCGAAAAGCAACAAGAAGAAGGAGAAAAAGGCUGAUAGCGACGAUGAUUUCUUCUCUUCCAGCUCGAAAUCAGCCAAAACAACAACGGACAGUGGAUUUGCAGACUUUUCCAACUUUGAGGGCAGCAGUAGAACCGCCGCAGCAGCAGCGCAUUCUUUCGGGGAUUUCAGCGACUUCAAUGCCCCAGCUCCUUCGAAGAAGAAGGAUGGCGAACUUGCAGACUUUGGAGACUUCUCAGGAUCCAGCAGUACAGCGCAGAAGGCAGCACCGAAGGCCGUGCCACGGCCGCCAGCUCCGAAGUUUGAUUCGUUUAAGAUUGCACCACCUCCCGGGACGCACUUCUCUGCUGCCAGUGUUAGUUCGCCACCCGCUUCGAAUGAUCUCAUGGGUCUCAGUCCACCGAAGAAAGCGGACGACGACUUGUUCGGUUUCGACCGUCCAGCCCCGGCGUCCGGAACUCCGAGUCAUCCGGCUCCAGCAGCUUCAUCUCCAUUUAAUGCCUUCGAUGCCCCGACACCGACCAGCCGAGCUGGUAGCCGUGCAAGCUCAGCAGCUUCUCUCGACCCUUUCAGUGACAUGACAGCUGCAGCUCCUUCAGCGCCAGCCAAGCAGAACGCUUCGCCGUUUGACGCGUUUGGCUCUCCUAGCGCGGCGCACCCGUACGCUUUUGCCGUGCCAUCGCCUGCAUCUACCUCAGGCAGCAACGUAUUCGACGCGUUUGGGGAUUUCUCGGGCUCUACUAGCUCGUCUAGAACAAACUCAGCCAAUCCUGUGCUGGAUUCUUUUGCCAGUCAACCAGAGAAACCUGCAGCUGCGUCUGCCGCUAAUCCAUUUGCAGCGUUUGAUGGUAUGCAGUCGAGCAGUGUCGCUACACCCGUAUCUAGCAGUGGAGCUCCUACACCCGGCUUCGGUUUUCCGAGUGGCACCAACGUAAACCAACAGCAAGCUGUGAUAAACGAUCCGUUUGGGUUUACAAGUGGGACCAACAACAAUACCGCCGCAUUUCCAGGAGCUCCGCAGCAGCCUGCUCACAGUGCGUCCAAUCAAGGAUUCGGUGGCUUUCCUGGGGGCUUUCCGCAACAUCAACAGCCUCCGAACGCCUUUCAUGGUCAAAUGCAGCAGCAGCCAAUGCAACCAUUCCACCACGGACAACCGCCACAAAACCAGCAACAGCAUUGGCCCGGCCAGCAGCAGGGAUUCCCCGCACAACAGCAACCGUACCCUGGGCAAUUUCAUUCUCGUCCGGUAGGGGGUGCUCCCCCUGCGCCGAUUCCAGUAAAGACCCCGGUAUCAACAGCUUCGAUUAACGACCCUUUUGCCUCGCUCAACCUCGGCAACCUCGGAUUCGGUAGUUCUAACACCACUGCGACGCGCACAGGAUCAGGAGGAGCGACCGGAUCGGCACCGUUCGCACCGCCUAACAGGACUGGCUCAAGUAACUCGUUCGGAAAUGCUCCUGCAGCCCCUACAUCGGGAUCGUUCUCUUACGCACAACCUCAAGUUCGAGCGACGUCGUCGUUCACGCAACCUCCGCAGAAUACUUCCGGAUUUGCUGAUCCCAACGCGUUUGGCGACUUCGCCAGCGCUCCAGCUCCCCCACAGACAUCGGCUUCUCCAGCUAACCCGUUUGACUUGUUUUGA